AUGCUGCAAAGUUCUGGAGAGCCUCGCAAGAAAGAAGCAUCAGAGGGGCAGAAGGGGACGCCCAUGGAGAACGGGGUACCCCAAGAAGAUGAAGGUGGCCCCCAGGCCCCUUUGGAAACCGGACGGGGUACCCCGGCUCCUGCACCACCAGCCCAUCCUCCUCGCAUCAGGCCCCGGCUCGUCUUCCACACCCAACUGGCCCAUGGCAGCCCCACUGGCAAGAUCGAAGGCUUCACCAAUGUCAAGGAGCUGUACGCCAAAAUUGCAGAGGUCUUCAACAUCUCCCCAACAGAGAUCCUCUUCUGCACCCUGAACACCCACAAAGUCGACAUGCAGAAGCUGCUGGGAGGCCAGAUCGGUUUGGAGGACUUCAUUUUUGCUCACGUUCGAGGCGAGACCAAGGAGGUGGAGGUGACCAAGACAGAGGAUGCGCUGGGGCUGACCAUCACUGACAAUGGGGCCGGAUACGCCUUCAUCAAGCGCAUCAAGGAAGGCAGCAUCAUCAACCGCAUUCCCACCGUCUGUGUCGGGGACAGCAUUGAGGCAAUCAACGACCAAACCAUCGUCGGGUGCCGCCACUAUGAAGUUGCCAAGAUGUUGCGGGAGAUGCCCAGGGCUCAGCCCUUCACUUUGCGGCUAGUGCAGCCCAAGCGAGCCUUCGACAUGAUCAGCCAGCGGACACGGAGUAGCAAGAAUGCCGGCGAGGGGAACCUAGCGAGCGGACGGGAAACACUACGGCUGCGUGCCAAGGGCACUGCCACCGUGGAGGAAGUGCCGAACGAGUUUGAAGAAGCUGCCGCUGGAAAAGUCGAUGACCUCUUGGAGAGCUAUAUGGGGAUCCGCGACGUGGAACUGGCGUCGACUAUGGUGGAGAUGGCCAAGGAGAAGCAGGGUUCAGAAGACUUCGCUCGCGGCCUGGAUUUGCUGCUGGGCGAAUUUGCCUUUCCAGAAGAGUUCAUAGCCGAGGUCUGGACAGCGAUCUGUGAAGCCGGGGGGGGAUCCAAGGAGUGA